GACCAGUCAAUACUGUGAGUUCUGAAUGAAGCAACCACAUUUCAGGGAUGUUUUUAAUUUUUCUUACAAAGGUACAUGAGAAAAGUUUGAUGUAAGAUGCUGCCUCUCCUGAGCAUGCUUGCAGUAAAGGCAGCUAACAAAAGCCACUGAAAGACACCAUAAAGGCACACUGGACUGCUGUAUCCCAGGAGACACAGAUAUGAAAUGAGUUAUCAUCACAAAGGCUGAUUUGUGUGUGACUUCACUGUUCUGAACAAAAAAAAUACACACUGUCCCUGUUCCUUAUCAAACCUGCCUCAUCACAAGGACUUGGACAACAAACUUUGAAGAUCACCUCUCAGGGAUGACUGUGCUCCGCUGCUGAAAACUUCACCAGAAGAGUGUGUUAUUGGAGCCCCACAGGAUGACAUCAACUGUGUCUGCUGUCCCCCGUGGCAUCUUCGGCCCCUCGCCGCCCCCUCCGGCUGUCUGGCCUCCUCUGGACUUCGCUCUUGGUGCUCUAGCCUGCUGUGCAGCUUGUGUGUUCACCAACCCUCUGGAGGUUGUGAAGACCCGUAUGCAGCUGCAGGGAGAGCUGCGUGCUCGUGGGUCCUACCAGAGACACUACAGAGGAGUUCUGCAGGCCCUGUGGGUGGUGGGCCGCACGGAUGGGCUGCGGGGUCUGCAGAAGGGGCUUUCAGUAGGGCUGAUGUACCAGGGGGUGAUGAACGGAGUAAGACUGGGCUCCUACUCCUACUGCGAAGCUCUUGGGGUUACCUCGUACCAUGGGGGGAGUCUGCUGUCAGGGGCUGCAGCAGGGGCGCUGGGUGCCUUCAUCGCAUCUCCUGCCUACCUCGUGAAGACCCAUCUGCAGGCUCAAACAGUUGAAGCCAUAGCUGUGGGCCACCAGCAUAACCAUCUGGGGGUGUCUGAUGCCUUUGCUACCAUCUAUAGAAGAGAAGGUUUGAUUGGUCUUUGGAGGGGUGUGAACGGGGCCGUGCCCAGAGUCAUGGUGGGAUCAGCUGCUCAGCUGGCAACCUUCACCUCAGCCAAGGACUGGGUGUCACAUUCCCAGUGGUUUAGUCCAAACAGUUGGCUUACAGCUUUGUUGGCUGCCAUGGUUAGUGGGAUUGCAGUUGCAUUCACCAUGACGCCAUUUGAUGUUAUUAGUACACGUCUCUACAACCAGCCAGUGGAUGAGGCUCACAGGGGCCGUCUCUAUCAUGGAUUUUCAGACUGUAUGCUGAAGGUGUGCCAAACUGAGGGUUUGCUGGGGUUGUAUAAAGGAAUGGGCCCAGUUUUUCUGCGCUUGGCCCCACAUACUGUCUUAAGCAUGCUGUUCUGGGAUAUGAUGAGACAACAGACGGUGAAGCAGAGCCAGAGCCAGGGAAGGAGCUAAAACCCUGCAUAAAACACUGGACUGGACUCAGAGAUACUGAAGUAGUCCAACAAUCCACAAACCAUUGAACUUUAAGCAAAUAAAAUUUGGGAUAGUGAGCUUAUUUCAUUUCUUGUUGUGGGUUAAGUGAAAAGAUUGAAAAGAGCCUUUUUCAGUUCUUAAAGCUAAAGCUGAUAGCAGGUUAGCAUGGCUAAGCCUAGCAUAAACACUGAAAACAAGGUGCUUUCCUAGUUCAAUUAAGAGCAACUCUAAAAGCUCUCUUACUAUCUGAAAGUUUACAUACAUGCACCAAAUCAAAUGUUUAAAAAAACAUUGUGUCUUUUUUUUUUAAAACACUGCCUCAGACUGUUAUUUGCAACACUGUUGGCUUCUUGGAGUCUUUGCUAGCUAGUUGCCUAUGACAGUCUGUCCCAUAACAAAUGACAAAUUAUCAAUGUGGCCUUUUUGUGCACAUAUUAAAAAAGAUAUGACAUGUUAAGCAGUGACUUUUAGAAGUGCUCAAAGUGGAUUUUGAUAUCCUAAGGCAAAGCUACCAGUUAAUGUUUUCAGUCAUUGUGCUGGGCUAAUAGCUGUGGCUAUUAGCUUUUUAUUUAUAGUAAAAGCACAAAGAUUGUAUGCAUCUUCUCAGUUAACACUCAGCCAGAAAGUGGAUUAGCUUAUUUCUCUGAACUCUUCCUUAAAGUGGGACAACUUCUGUCUGAAGAAAAGGACUGCAGAGAUUUAAAGUACUUGAUGUGAUCUGGAUAUAUGCUGCAGAGACUUUUACAAAAAUUUCAGGGAUUCCUAGCACAUUUCUCAAACAUACUGCUAUACAAUUUCCUCAUUUUGCCUUAAUACCUCAAAAAUCUACAAGCAAGGUGUGAGAGUCCUCUCAGUAAAGCUGAAACAGGAGACCAGCCUAUCAGUGGACUGUAGAUAACCUGAAGUUAUCAUCUCUGUGUGUCAUGUUGGAGCCAGUUUGGCUGUUAUUUGAUUGUUUAGAUGUUUAGAGACAAAUGCUUUAUUCUAGUUACCUCAUCUGUUAGAUGAAAAAGGGAUUUCUGAUGAUAAUGCCUUUAAUAACUAACAAAUGAACUACUCGUACCUAAAGAUGCACAGAAUGCCAUUUAAUGGGACAUUUUUUCGUGCAGCAACUUGACCUAGGAGUACUUUAAGCCUUUUGAGCAGCACUAAAUGUAUAAAGUUCUUUUUGUAUGAAAUGUUGAAAAUAAAUUUGCUCUUGAAUCA